CCCGAGCGAAGCGCGAAGCCCAUCCACCUUCCAUAUCCGUAAUAUUCCGUUGGAAAAACGUACAAACGUAUCGCCAGUGUUUUUUCGUCAAUCCCUCAUUUUGAAGUAUAAAAAAUUUCAUACCAUAAAUUACUCCAGUCAUUGACAACCGAGUUAUUUGUGAUUGUACUCAACUGAAUAGAUUAGAAAUAACUAGUCUGUGGUUGCACACAAAGUGGGUGAGAAACUACCCGAUAUUUGCCAGUGUUUUCCUUGUCACCGGGUUCGCGAGGAAAAACUGUUGACUGUCGUAUCUGAGACAACUUGCUGCGGCUCGUACUUUCAAUAUUUUUACUCCAAGUGGUUUAUUCAUUCAAGUGAACCAGUGAAUUCAACGAAAAUUCAUGAGUUUUAUCUCCACCUGCUUGAUAAAACCUAAGUACCAAUAAGCGAAAGUUCAGUCGAGUAGUUCGACAUAAAACAAGUUUUAUCAGUGGAGAAUUCAAGUAAAUCAGUCGAAAAAUUCAAGUAAAUAUCGCAACCUAAUCUCGAAAAAUUCCAGAUUGAAAUUGAGGAGAAGGAAACGUCUAGUGUCGCGUAAUCAAAUUACGAGAUAUCAAAUUGGAUUAUCAAGUUUGUCAAUAAAUCCCGAGAGAAUUGCCAUAGUUCUCCUCGGACAAAUUCCCUUGCGACAAGCAAAAAACAGCCAUCGCAAUGUCUUUGUGAGGAGUAUUGAGUGUGUCGGACCGGUGCAACGUCGCAACCCCUUGCGCGAGGGUACAUUGCAGCUGAGUCAAAGUCGGUCCGGGUGGCGAAGAGGGUGGGUGUGUAUAGUGGAACGGGUGAACGCGACCUACAGCCCUACAUUCGGUGAGCCUUGCCAACUAGUGCUGCCUAACCUCCACACGUAAAACAGAAAAAUCCACCCACUUGUCUCGGGUUGAAACAAACACUGGGCAACAAUAAUCGACAGGCUCUUUUUGACUGGGAAAUGCUCAUUGUUCUUGGAGAUUGAACAAUAAACCUGAGGGAGCUUCGCGUAAGCAGGGCAAACUCUUCAUAAAUAAAACAGACGACAGAAGUACAUAAAAGAGAAGAACAGAAGCGAAGGGAACAAAACCAAACAAAACAAACAAAGACCGAAGAAAAAUAUCGUAAAGUCAUCGAUGAUCAUUUGACGAAGUGACUAAAUUCCGUGAAUAAGCUCUUGCAGCAGUGAUUUAGCCCAAAAAGUAUUAAAAAAAUUCAAGUGGUGACGAGACGACGGGAAGAUCGUCCCCGCGAAAGCGGUGGCGUCGACAGCACAAGAACUGGACGACGAAGAGGCGUUGUACUCUUCAGUGAAUCACCAGUUCUAUCGCCAACCUCGUCAUUCGGUUUACCCGGAUAUCGUGAGGAGGAGGAGGAUGAUUAUCACAAUGAUUAUCGGGAUGUCGUAAGUGGAAGAAGAAGCAAAGUUAAUAUAGUUGAUUACGGUGAUGUUACGGAGGGCCACGGUGGGGCGUCAGUGCGUUUGCAGGAUAAUACGAUUGGUAGAAAGAAGGUGAGGGCGCCAGGUGUAUUAUCAACGGGCCGCGGGGUGGCCGGGAGUCCGUGUGGCGAGGAGGGAGGCGGUGGAGGUGGAGGAGGAGGAUGGUGUGACCUACGGCGUCAUCCCGUUCGACGGGGAGUCACCGGCCGUGGAGACGGCAACCCCGGUGGUGGCUUUGGUACCGAACGGCUGCUUCUUGACUCUGAGGACGAGGAAGAGGAGGACGAAAUUGACGAGGUGGGGGAGGAAGAGGAAGAAGAGGUGGAGGAGCAGCCGGCGAUGUCUAGGCAGUCCCGUAUCACUGGAGAACGUGAAUUGAGCCGUGAUUUACGGGAUAACAGGGAUCAUCGUGAUCAUCACAGGGAGGUCAGGGAGAGUGAGCACAGUACUGGGAGGAAUAGACACAGGGAACAGGAUUACGAUUACGAGGGACACACUGCCGCUGGUCCAGCUGCGACUUCCACCAAUAAUCCAGCAAGGUCAAACGGAAGGGUGUACACGGCCCUGGAGAGGAGUCGUGACGGCCUGCAGUUGGUCAAUUUGGGUGUGCCCCAAAGAAGGCGAGGUGGUGGCUCGGCUGACUCAAACUACUCACAACCGAGCUCGGAUCUGUCCCUGGACGAGGAGAAGGAGAGUUUGAGGAGGGAGAAGGAGAGACAGGCGCUCAGUCAGCUUGAAAAAGCCAGGACGAAACCUGUGGCAUUCGCUGUCAGGACAAAUGUCAGCUACGAUGGCUCAGUUGACGAUGACUCACCGGUACACGGCUCUGCCGUCAGCUUCGACGUUCGGGACUUUCUUCACAUCAAGGAGAAGUACGACAACAACUGGUGGAUUGGCAGGCUCGUGAAAGAAAGUGCGGACGUUGGGUUUAUUCCAUCGCCGGUUAAAUUAGAAGCCCUCAGGGUCCAAGCGAGUGCAGCACGUGGGACGAAGGGUUUAUAUUCAACAAGAGGUGGCUCCUCGGGUAAUUUGGGGGAGAGUGGUAUGCCAUCACGUGGAUCAACUCCACCGACACCAGGAGAUGAUAGCGAUAGUGUGGGCAAUGCCAGGCCGGGCAAGACGACACUCACGACACCACCAGCCAAAGAGAAGCGGAAGAAUUUCUUCAAAAAGCCGUCCUACGAAACUGCAACUCCCUACGAUGUAGUUCCUUCAAUGAGGCCGGUUGUACUGGUUGGACCAUCACUGAAGGGCUACGAAGUAACGGAUAUGAUGCAGAAGGCGCUUUUUGACUACCUUAAGCACAAAUUUGAAGGACGGAUCAUUAUAACCAGGGUAAUGGCGGACAUAUCGCUAGCAAAGAAGUCACUAUUGAACAAUCCAACAAAACGAGCGAUAAUGGAGCGUUCAACGAGCAGAAGCAGUUGUCUAGCCGAGGUGCAGGCUGAGAUAGAAAGAAUAUUUGAACUAGCAAGAACACUCCAGCUAGUUGUCUUAGACUGUGACACGAUAAAUCAUCCAUCACAGUUAGCUAAAACGAGUUUAGCACCAAUAAUAGUUUAUCUGAAAAUUUCAUCGCCAAAAGUACUGCAGAGACUGAUCAAAUCACGUGGCAAAUCGCAAACACGUCACCUGAAUGUUCAAAUGGUGGCGGCUGAGAAGUUGGCCCAGUGUCCACCGGAGAUGUUUGAUGUUAUUCUUGAUGAGAAUCAGUUGGACGAGGCAUGUGAUCAUGUUGCUGAGUAUCUGGAGGCUUACUGGAGGGCAACACAUCCACCAGUGGUGGCACCAAUCCCCAGAGCCAUGACAGCAGCCUCCGAUGCAGCUGCUGGUGAUGUUCUAGCACCUCGUGUGCCCUCAGGUGGCCAUCACAUCUCUCACUACGCACAUGAGAAAAGAGGGACUGGAUCUUACGGUGGUCAUGGUAGCACGAGGAGAUCCAGAAUGGAGAGAGUUGAUCGUAGUGAACGUGAAAGAGAACGCGAGAGGGAGAGGGAAAGGGAGAGAGAACGAGAAAGAGAACGCGAACGUGAUCAUGAUUAUGGAACUGAGGAGGAUUCAUACUUAGGUGGUAGUGUGGAUUACGGUAGCGUAUCGAGACGACGACAGCAGCAAGACUCGAGGGCACUCAAUGCCAUUUAGGAGCUGGAGCCCCGGGGCUUAUCGCUACAGCGGUGUCCCCACCUUAAAACUACCGCCCUAUAGUUUUUAAUGAUAAUGAAGUUAUUUCAUUAAAGUGCGCAAUUUGCCUUCCCUUAAUUUAUUCGUCAAAAAAAAGUGCAAUGAAAAUGAUGAAACAAUGUUGAAACAAAACAGUUAAAUUAUUAAAAAAACAAACCCAAAAAUCACGUAAUCUUUUCAUUAAAUUGUAAAUGAAGUAUAAUAGCACUUUUUAAACUCCGGACUAUUUUUAUCGUAUUUUCAUUUACGUCCGGGGAUUGUCAUUGUUAUUGGACUCACUGGAUUGAGUAGUGAGACUAUUUAUUGAUUAUUAGGAUAAUGAUACUUUUCUUCUAUCCGAAGAUCGACCAAACACAAUUGAAUUAUGAAUUGGUUUAUGUUGUUGGGUUCAUCAUGCGCGGAGAGGGGGGGGGGGGAGAAUUAUUUUUGGAAUUAGAACAGAUUCUUCUAUGACAACUGUUGCAGAAAAGGGGGAUAUUAUGGGAUAGAUUUAACUGGCUUCUCUUACUGAUGAGUGGAGGAGGAGAAUUAAGGGGACUGUGGGAGUCGACUCAAAUGAUCGGGGAAAUCGGUCAACAAAUAUUUUCAUUGGAAUUUUAUUUUGUUGAUUUAUUUUGUUAUCGUUUUUUUUAAAUUAAUGUAAAUUUACGAAAUUUUCUGGGGGUAUAUCUUGAUAGUAAAAAAACCCCCGGGGCGAUGGUUAUUUGUAUCGAGUUGAAAAUAAUUCAGGGCUAUCAAGGCGACGAAAAGAUCGAUGCCACCAACGCUGACACACAUCUCUCAUUUGAACUCUCGUGUCUUUCGUCGAUUGUGACCGACCAAUUGCAACUUAAUGUUUCUUAUUUAUCCAUUAGUAAUUGUAAUAGAAUAAUGAGUGAGGAGAAAAUUUAAAUGGAACAAAUAGUGAGAGUACCCACGGAUCCUUUGGGUCGAAGUUAAAAAUAUUCAUGAAUUAAAUCAGUUGCUCGAUUAUUGAUAAUUGUUGAUGAAGAAAUUUGAACAAAUGAAAAUUAUUGAAAAAAUUGUACUGAGUAAUGUAACCGGCGAGCGACAAUUUUACUGUUUAGAAUUUAUGAGAACAGAGAAAGUAACGGUGUUUCUCUUCGAAUAUUAUUUCACUUUGUUUUUUCUUCUUUAAGUUUAUUUUUUUUGUUCGUUUAUUAGAGGUGCAAUGUAGAUGUAAAGGGAAGGAGAAAACAGAAGGAACAAGUAUAUAAAUAGAUAAGAAAGUAUGUUUUUGGGCCGGAAUUGGUGUCUUCUGGCGUUUGUUGACUUUAUUCCAAAGAAAAGUCGAUGGUUUCAGAUAAAAUCCAAUAUACUCGACUUAUUGUUCCACAUUGAGUGAGAGAGUUAUGAAAAAAAAAUCAAACAUCCGAUUAUUGCGAGUGUAUAAAUUAAAAAAAAUACGUUUUUACGUGCGUCCGAGCGUGCGCUAUAUAUAUAUAUAUAUAUAUAUAUAUAUAUAUAUAUAUAUAUAUGUAUACUUAAAAACAGAGCAAUAUGUAUAUGUAUAUAUAUAACUUGAUUGCAGCAUUGAGGCGAAUCGUGUUAAUUGGGGUAAAACGAAAUUUGAAAAAAGAAUUUUUACCGCGUGUUGUGUAGCCAAUGAAUAUAAAUGAUCAUCGACCAGCUAGAGGACAAUUCACUGUAGCAAAUUCAUUUGUUUUCUCCAAUUUUUAUUCAGUCAAAUGAAAAAGAAAAACUAAAAAAUACGCACACGCUACUUCGUGUAAAUAGUAAACAAA